CCACCCGGAAGCGCGCCGCAGGCUGGCUACACUCUGGGAGGUGCGAGCGGCGGAUCCGCAUUUGCAGGCCCAAGGAUGCUGUGCUGUUGUUUGCUGAACUGGUCAGAGUCUAGCUCCUUGGAAGCCCUAAUGUGUGCUUUGCCAAGGCUGAACUCAUAGAUGCGACCUUUGCCCUCACUUUCCCCUGGAAGAUGAAGUGUGUGUUGGUGGCCACGGAGGGUGCAGAAGUCCUCUUCUACUGGACAGAUGAGGAGUUUGAGGAGAGCCUCCGGCGGAAGUUCAGGCAGUCAGAGAAUGAGGAAGAUGAGCUCCCCGUGCUGGAGGACCAGCUCAGCACCCUCCUGGCUCCAGUCACCAUCUCCUCCAUGACGAUGCUGGAGAAGCUCUCAGACACGUACACCUGCUUCUCAACAGAAAAUGACAGCCACCUGUAUGUCCUGCAUCUGUUUGGGGAGUGCCUGUUCAUCGCCAUCAACGGAGACCACAGCGAGAGCGAGGGGGACCUGCGGAGGAAGCUGUGUGUGCUCAAGUACCUGUUCGAGGUGCACUUCGGGCUGGUGACGGUGGACGGCCAGCUCAUCCGGAAGGAGCUUCGUCCCCCUGACCUGGAACAGCGUGCCCGAGUGUGGAAGCACUUUCAGAGACUGCUGGGAACCUACAGCCGCCUGAGGGAACAGGAACAGAGCUUUGUUGUGGAGGCAGUGGAGCGGCUCCUCCAUCCCCAGCUCUGUGAGCUGAGCAUUGAGACGCUAGAGCGACACGUGGUUCAAGCUGUCAACUCCAGCCCUGAGCGGGGUGGUGAGGAGGUCCUGCACGCCUUCCUGCUUGUACACUGCAAGCUGCUGGCUUUCUACUCCAGCCAUGGUGCGAGCACCCUGCGCCCCGCAGAUCUCCUGGCUCUCAUCCUUCUGGUUCAGGACCUCCAGCCCUCCCAAGGCAACACAGAGGAGGAGGAGGAUGACAGCGACAGCCCUCAGCCUUUCCCCCAGAGGAGACCCCUGAGCAGCCAAAACAUUCCCGUCCAGCAGGCAAGGAGCCAGAGCACCUCAGCUCCCACCAGGAGUUCCGAGGAGACUGACGCAGACAGCAUCUCCCUCCCUGAAGAGUACUUCACCCCUGCUCCUUCCCCAGGCGAGCAGAGUUCAGGUAGCCUCGUCUGGCUGGAUGGCACCCCGCCCAGCAAUGUUCUCCGGGUGGCUGAGGAUACCCCCGAGGGGCAGGCGCCAUAUUCCCCAGAACUUCCCAGCCCCAGAAGGAUCUUCCUGGAUGCCAACAUAAAAGAAAACUACUGUCCCUUAGUGCCGCACACCAUGUACUGCCUGCCCCUGUGGCCAGGCAUCAACAUGGUGCUGCUGACCAAGAGUACCAGCACCUCAUUGGCUCUGAUCCUGUACCAGCUGCUGGAUGGCUUCUCUCUACUGGAAAAAAAGCUGAAGGAAGGUCAGGAGGCCGGAAGUGCCCUGCGGUCCCAGCCCUUUGUUGGAGACCUGCGCCAGAAGAUGGAUAAAUUUAUCAAGAAUCGAGUUUGGCAGGAGAUGCAGGACAAGUUUAUCAAGAAUCGAGUUGGGCAGGAAAUUCAGAACGCCUGGCUGGAAUUUAAGAGCAAAGCCUUUUCUAAAAGUGAACCAGGAGCAUCCUGGGAGCUGCUCCAAGUCUGUGGAAAGCUGAAGCAACAUCUGUGUAUCAUCUACCGGCUCAGCUUCCUGGCCACUGCACCCAGCAGGGGAGGACCACACCUGCCCCAGCACCUACAGGACCAAGCCCAGAAACUCAUGAAGGAGCGACUUCUGGACUGGAAGGACUUCCUGUUGGUGAAGAGCCAGAGAAAUGUCACCAUGGUAUCCUACCUGGAGGAUUUCCCAGGCUUGGUCCACUUUAUCUAUGUGGACCGUACAACCGGGCAAAUGGUGGCUCCUUCUCUCAGCCCCAAUGAAAAGAUGUCUUCCGAGUUGGGCAAGGGACCCCUGGCUGCCUUCGUCAAAGCCAAGGUAUGGAGCCCAAGGACUCAUGUACUGAGACAGCACUCUGCGCCUGAACUACUCCCACACCCCAGCCAAGUGUAACGGGUGGUUUCUACUCAGGAAGCAUCUUUCUCUGUUCUUUGGAUUUAAUGACUCUUCUUCAUGGCAGACUCGUAGUUAUUGAAGGAAAGACUCUGCCAUUUCUAAAAUGCUAUAUUUUUAUGUUGUCUGUAUAAAGUAUAUCAUGAUAGGUAAGCAAGGUGGUGGUGAGAGGCCAGAGCUGCAAAGCCCUCUUGGUCCGGCUGUGUGACAUUGACGUGGUUCAGUUACAUCUCGGUUCUGCUUUAGUUCAAAUGUCCAUUAUGGAGAUGGUGCUGUUUACCACAUAGCGUUAGCAUAAAGAGUACAGGUCACUAAGCACACAUGAACUCACAGAACUGAGACAGACAGAGCAGGGCGCAAGCAUGCUGUGCACAGCAUGGCUGCCUUCCCCACCUACCACGUUACCCCUGCACCCUGCUCUGGGGCGGUGGGUGGGGACUCUAGCCCAUCGCUCUUCGCUCUUCGUUGCCUUCCUCCCCAGUGUUGCCCACUCUUCAUGCACUGGGCUGUGUGACACAUCCUCACUUCACAGCGUGUCAGGUGCCUCUCUUCCUGCUGUUAACUCUUUACAUGCCUUGCCUGUAGCAACCCCAUGAUGCAGGUGUAGCAGAAUUCACUCAAGCCAUUCCCCCUACUGAAUGAGCUUUUAGAUUGUCUCCAGACUGUCACAGUUAUAACUGGUUGUGGACACACCUGUGCAUACACCUAAGUCCCCAUCCCUGGUCAGAUGGGAGGGCUAUUGUUGAAGUUACCUAUUUGUGUGGCCAGGUUACAUUCCUGGAGCUUGUAAUUGAUUCCCGUGUCUGUUGCGGAUUUAAUUAGAUAGUAUAUUCUGUCAAGUGCAGAGUAAAGACUCCACCCUUCCACUGAGGCUUCUGAGAGUGGGUCAUUUCCCAGCCCUGCACCAAGUAGGGAAGCCUAGUAGAGGAGACCACCUUUCAGGCUGCUCUUAGGCAGCGUAGGUACCAGCACCUGCUUUAGGCAGAGCAUUCCCAGGGCAGGAAUGUCCCUCAGGGCCACUGUUCCCAGGCACCAUAUAGUGAGCCUAUGUUUGGGCCUGACCCUUAAGCAGGAGAUGCCACAGCUUAGGGCUCACUGUGUGCUUUGAUGCUUCCCAGGGCCUCCAGCACAGAGCUGGUACCAUUUUCUCCCAGCCUUACAGACCUGGGCACUUGGGUUUAUUCACAGUCUUCUUGGCUGUUUUCUGGUCUCAAUGAGCAGUUUGCCAUGGGUUGUGUGUAGUAAAGUUACAUGAAGCACUUCCACAUGUAUUUUAUCCCCAUGGCAAUUGGAGGGGGAGCCUUCUCAACUUCCACCCUGUAACGGCUCAUUCCUACAACUCUGACCCAGACAAAAUCCUGCCUCUGAGAAGUCCUGGACUCCCAGGACCUCCACAGCUCUGUGCUGUGCUUUCCUUUACGGAGGUCACAGCCCUUAGAGUGGUACUAAGCAAUCUCCCCUCCCCAGGUCUGGGCUCUGGUCCAACUGGCGCGCAGGUACCUGCAGAAGGGCUGCACCACACUGCUGUUCCAGGAAGGGGACUUCCGCUGCUCCUACUUCCUGUGGUUCGAGAAUGACAUGG